GUUGUUUUUACUUCCGUAAGGUGGGGCUUUGUUACGGGAGCGGUUUGUAAACCAAUCCGUAGGUCUGUGCUCUGAAAGCUUUCGGCUAGAUAUCAUCCACCGAGGGAGAAAAUAGGAACUUCGGUCGGCGGCGCGUGUGUGCAUGUGUGUGUGGCUGUGUGUGCGAGUGUGCACAUGUGUUUGAGUGUGUAAGAAGGACACAAAGGAAAAUAAAGUGAUGGCUGCCAAUAAAGGUAAAAACCAGAGCUCUCUGGCACUGCACAAGGUGAUAAUGGUGGGAAGUGGAGGUGUUGGGAAGUCCGCACUCACGCUGCAAUUUAUGUACGACGAGUUUGUGGAGGACUAUGAGCCCACCAAGGCAGACAGCUACAGAAGGAAGGUUGUGCUGGAUGGGGAGGAAGUCCAAAUAGACAUUCUGGACACAGCUGGCCAGGAGGACUAUGCUGCUAUCAGGGAUAAUUAUUUUCGCAGCGGGGAGGGCUUCCUGCUGGUUUUCUCCAUCACAGAGCAAGAGUCCUUCAGUGCCAUUGAUGAGUUCAGGGAGCAGAUCCUGCGGGUGAAGGCAGAGGAGGACAAGAUUCCUCUCCUGCUGGUUGGCAACAAGUCAGACCUGGAGGAUCGUCGGCAGGUGUCUCUGGACGAGGGCCGUGGGAAGGCAGAGGAGUGGGGGGUCCAGUAUGUUGAGACAUCUGCCAAAACUAGAGCCAACGUGGAUAAGGCAUUCUUCGAUUUAAUGCGUGAAGUGCGAGGCAAGAAAAUGACUGAAAACAAGGACAAAAACGGAAAAGGAAAGAACAAGAAGAGUAAGAAGAGUUUCAGAGAGAGGUGCUGUUUACUCUGAGCUCCUCAUGGACCUAAAUCAAAGCCACAACACAUAACUGUAUUUGCUGGGGGAACAAAGCAAAUGUUUUCCAUUGUCCUUAAAAUGGGAAAUUGAUAGUUAUUUUUGUAAUAGCCUGUUAUAGAUUAGUGUCUACAACAAUCUCAACCACUUUGUUGCCAAUUUUACUUAGUAAAUCUCAGAUUUUUGGAUGUCUUACUGGAAAAUGACCACUGUUGUUACUGUGACUUAGACUGCAGUGCUUGAUGGCUAACACUAAGCUAAUGAUCAAGCUGCCAGUGACACUAACUAUGCUGCUCAAGAAAUUCUCCCAUUUAAUGCAGAACUAUUUUACUAUGUUUGACCGUAAAUAAACAUUGUGUUUAAUUUCUGAAGCCAUUCCCACCCACUAUAAAGUUCAUAUGAAUUUUGUUUGUUAUUCAGAGGUGCAGAUCCCUUUCUGUAUCUAAACUGCAAGGAACUAUCAUGCUGCUGUGUGUUUAUUCGUAGUGACAAUGCUCUGCAAAGCAAACAUGGGUGUCAGCCAUUUUAUCUGUUCUUAUCUUUCCAACUCUACUAUGUUAGAAUUGAUGAACACUUCAAAUGAUUCUUAUUUUUCUUAGACUGUGUAAGAAGUUUUAUUUUUUCUCAAGACUCUGACCUUUAUGUCCAUAGAUGAUUCUUGAGGUAGUGGAAUGCAAUUAGAGGAGUUGUUGCCAAACAGAGUUAUUUCACAUUUCACUUCUCGUUAUUUUUUUUUUCUCUCCCUCUUUCCUGCCCUGACAGGAUUAGGAAAAGUCAAUCCCAGAAAUGCUUUGAUGUUCUCCAGGCAAGAAGCUACAAAAAUAAAUCUUUAGGGAUGACUGAAAAGCUCAUUAAUUAAUGUUAUGGGCUUGUAUGUGAUUUUAUUUACUAGUUAAUUUUAGGUUAUCUUGGAGUCACAAAAGGAAGAGAGCUAAUCUGAAUUUUUUGCAUGAGACCGCAGUUACGUACUCUCACCUUUCUGGGUUAUUUACUUAUCACAUUUCCUUUAAAGAGAUGUCUUCAGACAUUUUGUUGACAAUCUUCAUUAAAUAUUCAAAUAGUUCAAUUGCAAGAAAUCAGUCUUUCCCUUAAGUUUUAAUGACAUUAUCAUCAUUGCAUUUUAAUUGAAGGGGUUUUGUGCCGAACUAACUUCAAGUCAGCAAUAUUAGUACACCAUGUGUCCUAACAGUCUAAUCUACACUACCUUACUGUGUCUUUAAGCAAAGCUUUGCCUCAUAACUCUCAUCUAAUCAAGUGCUAUAGUGACAAAUUUCUACCUACUGCCUUCUUUGUUUUAUGUAAUCUACUGUGAAUAUUCAGUCUCCAUGCAGAAGGAAAACUGCAAAAUAAAUGUUUUUCAUUAUUACU